GCUACUGCUACUACUGCUUCUUCUUCGGCGAAGCGCAAGCCAAAGGCGGCGUUUUGAUCGCUUUGCUUGCUUCGAUUGCGCGAGAUGAACCGAUCGCCGACGGACGGGAACGAGCUGGAGGCGUCGGGGCUCGGGCUUUCCCGGUACGGCUCGGAUCCCGGGUCGCUGCUCGCCGGGGUCGCGUCGGAAGGGGGGGGGAUCAGCCGGUUCGCGCCCGCCGGGGAGGACUCUUCGUCGAGCUGCCGCGGCUCGGACCGGGGGCCGCGGGGACCGUACGAGCCGGAUGAGGUACACGCGGCAGUGGAUCUCGCCGCGAAGGUCGGCGGCGGGCCGGCCUUGGUCCGCCACAGUAGCUCGCCCGCGGGGUUCUUCUCUCGUCUCUUAAUGGAUCACGGUCUAUCUUCCCCUAGUGGAAUUGGAAGUUACUCUCGGACCGGCAAUGGUGGUGCGCACACAGUGGCAAGUAGAAGGUUGAGGUCCCAGUGGAGCUUUUCAAGGAAGGACACACUCUCACAUAUCUCUGAAAUGAGCAUUCCAGAGAUAGGAGAGGAUGUCGACUGUGACAGCAGCUCAGACGAGGCAACCGCACACGUCGAACAAUCUUUUAUCUCUGGCAAUUUUCAGUUAAGCUCAUGGGAUGAUAGCAAUUCAAUCAUGUUUUCUGCUCCUCACAAGCGAACUAAAGGCAACAACGGGGAUAUACUCACCAGUUUGAGUAACACCGACUCUCAGUUUAACCUAUCAAAGAAUUCAUUAGAGGUGUCAAGCAUCGAGAAGUACCUCCAGCUUCAGCAAGACUCGGUCCCUUGUAGAGUACGAGCCAAGCGUGGCUGUGCAACCCAUCCCCGAAGCAUUGCUGAGAGGGAAAGGAGAACAAGAAUUAGCAAAAGAUUGCAGAAGCUGCACAAUCUUGUGCCCAAUAUGGACAAGCAAACAAGCACAUCAGACAUGUUAGAGUUGGCAAUACAGUACAUCAAAGAACUGCAAAGCCAAGUCCAGAAACUUAAACAAGAACAAGAAGAUUGCAUAUGCACAAGCAGGCAAGAGAAGGCUUGAAACUCUGUCUCAUUCUUGUGUAUAUAACAUGAUGGUUUGCUGUUAUUGUUGUUGCAUUAAGAUCAGAAGAAUGGUCUUUAAUCUUUUGUGUUUGCAAGAGCAUGUAAAAGAGGUUUGUAGUUGUUCCUAUAUUUUUUCUUGAUCAUCUUAUAAAUUAGGGAUUGAAAUUGUGGGAAUC